UUUGGCUUCCAGUUUGAGCUUGCAAAUAACAAUUCCAAAAUUGCAAGAUUUAUCUUUUCCAAGUCCAAAGACCUUGGAAGCUCUCAUUGAUCCGGUCCUCGCUGCUCAAAAUUCCUUACCGCGUCUACCGCCGGACUGAACAAUCCACUUUUCGGAAAUCAGAUCAUCACUCUGACGAACCAUCAUGUGUCUCGCUUUUGGGUUGUUACUCAAUCAUAAGAAGAAGAAUCAGAAGCCAGGUGCUGGAAAUAAUCCAAGGCCGCGCCCAUCUCAGCCUCAUCCGAAUCACCACUCGACGCCGCCACCCUACCCAAAUUCAGCGACGGGGCCUUCACGAUAGAAACACGGACAUAUUAUUGAUAAACAGCCCUCUUGUUGCUUGGACGGUAUUUGCGUGGUUUUAUGAAAGAAUUGGUCUCCCAUACUGCUGUUGUUGUGUCUUUGCUGUCUAUUUCGGAAAGCGGAUGUUUUGUUUUUUCUAAGCUCUGUAUGCACCUGAGAAAAUUCUAUGGCCUUGCGCUGUCAAUAAUUUAGUUUUCUAUAUGUUAUUUUAUGACACCCCAUAAGAGUGCGGA